AUGAAUGAGGAAGCCAGUCUUUCAAAAACUGGGCGUGCAGCGCAACGUUAACACAGAGAAGAAGAAUUACCUUUUAUUUUUUUUGUACUCGUUGGAUUAUUUACAACGCGACUUCACCUGACAGCCAUCUACAGUUCAACAAAUACCUCCCUAGGUAAAGAAAAGGAGACAUUCUGAGUGACAGCUGUCACAGGGAGAAGUUAGCUGUGGUUGUUACUGGAAGCUGUUCAGGAGGAAGGAAAUCGAUAAACGCGGGACAGGAUCCUGCAUGGUUGGUGUGCUGUGCAGAGAUGGCAAUGGAGGAAAGGGCGCGGAGCUGUCUGCUGCGCUUUCGCCACAGACUGGAGCAGGACAUUAAGCCCUCUUACCUGAUGGACCACAUGGUCAGUGAUGGCGUACUGAGUGUGGAUGAGGAGGAGAGGAUCAGGACCCAGCCCAACAGGAAGGAUCAGGCUGUGGCUCUGCUGGAGCUGCUGCUGAAGAAGGACAACCGUGCCUACAUCUCCUUCUACAAUGCCCUGGUCAAGGAGGCAUACGAUGAUUUGGCCAGUCUGCUUCAAGAUGACCUACCUCAAAUGUUGCCUGAUGCACAUAAUAAGUCCUCUGAUGGCAGCGUAGCUUAUGUCCAGGCAGUCCUCAGUGAAGGUGGCGUACCGCAGAGGCCCGUGGUGUUUGUCAACAGACCAGAGCUUGUGAACCGGGUCAGGGAGAAACUCUACCGGCUGCUGAAGGAGCCCGGCUGGGUCACUGUCUUCGGCAUGGCUGGCUCGGGAAAAUCCGUUCUGGCUGCUGAGGCUGUCAGAGACCACAGACUCAUCGAAGAGUGCUUCCCCGGAGGGAUCCACUGGCUGUCCAUCGGCCAACUGGACAAACCAGACUUGCUGGUUAAGAUCCAGUCAUUGUGUUUCCGUCUGGAGCAGAGCCUGGAUUCCCAGUCCCUCCACCGUCCCUCCAACUCUCUGGAUGAGGCCAAGGAGCGCCUACGCUUCCUCAUGCUGCGUAGAUAUCCGAGAGCUCUGCUGAUUCUAGAUGACAUCUGGGACAGUACAGUGCUCAAGGCGUUUGAUAUCCACUGUCGGAUACUUUUGACCACCAGAAAUAGAAGCCUUGCUGACUCUGUUAGUGGUGCUAAAUAUGAGGUGGAAGUGGAGAGUGGUCUGGAUGAAAACAAGGGACUGGAGAUCCUUGCUAAAUACACUGAACUCAACAGACUCCCUGAGGAGGCUCGCAGCAUUGUCAGAGAAUGCAAAGGUUCCCCUCUGGUAGUGUCCCUGAUUGGGGCUCUGCUCAAAGAGAAACCCAACCGUUGGGAUUACUACCUCCGCCAGCUGCAGCAGAAGCAGUUCAAGCGUAUAAGGAAGUCGUCAUCUUACGACUACGAUGCCCUCGACCAAGCCAUGGCUGCCAGCAUUGAAGUUCUGCCUGAUGAACAUCGAGAGCUCUACAAGGACCUUACUGUGCUAGAGAAGGACAUCAAAGUCCCUGCAAAGGUACUGUCUGUUCUGUGGGACUUGGAGGCGGAGGAGGUGGAGGACAUUCUUGAGGAAUUUGUCAACAAAUCUCUGCUUUUUGUGGACAAUCACAAUAAACCCUACCAGUACUACCUCCAUGACCUCCAGCUUGAUUUCCUGGUGGAGCAGAAUCGCACUCAGCUCGAGAGCCUCCACACUAAGGUGGUGCACCAGUACCAGCAGCACUACAGAGAUGGUCCUCCCACCUCAGGAGAUGAGGAAUGUCUUUACUGGAUCAGGUUCCUAACCUACCAUAUGGCUAAAGCCAACCUCUCCCAGGAACUCUACUCACUCAUGUUUUCUCUGGACUGGGUCAGCAUCAAGGCCCAGAUAAUGGGUCCAGCUCACCUCAUCAAUGACUAUGUGGAGUAUGGACCCAUUCUGGACAAAGAGAACAGUGAAGUGCGCAGUCAAUUCCAGGAGUUUCUGUCUCUUAACGGCCACCAGCUGGAGCAGCGGCCUUUUCCCGACGUGGUGCAGCUUGCUCUGUCUGAGCCCCGUUCCUCUGAGGUCUACAGACAGGCUCUGCUGCAGGCACAAGACCGGACCAGUGCAGGGAAACUCUACUUUGACUGGCUGAAUAAGAACAGUGUAGAGAGUCUGUCCCGUCUGGUGAUCCACCCCCACCAGGGGUCCAUCUACUCCGCCUGCUUCUCCCACGAUGGAACAAAGAUCGCCUCCAGUGGAGCCAGCAAGACACUCAAGGUGUUUAAAAGCACCUCAGGUGAGAAGCUCACAGAGAUCCAGGCCCAUGAUGACGAGGUGCUCUGCUGUGCCUUCUCCCCUGACGACCGUCUCCUAGCAACCUGCUCUAGUGACAGGAAGGUCAAGGUGUGGAACGUGGAGAAAGGCAUGCGGUUAAGGGUCUUUGAGGAGGAGCAUCAAGAGCAGGUAAACCACUGUGAGUUUACCAACACGUCACAACGCCUCCUGCUGGCCACCUGCUCCAACGACAAGUUCCUGAAUGUCAAGUUGUGGAACCUCAACAAGCCAUCUUCCCAGAACACCAUGUUUGGCCACUUCGAGCCCGUCAACCACUGCUGUUUCUCCCCUGAUGACACCUAUGUGUCCACUUCCUCUAACGACGGUACUAUUAAGCUGUUUCAGGUGUCGUCUGCCAAUGAGUGGAAGACGAUCAAUGUGAAAAACAUGUUUACAGAUAGCGAUGAAGACGUCCUUGUCAAGUGCAGCACCUGGACUGCUGACGGCAAACACAUCAUAUGUGCAGCCCGAAACGCUGUUCUGGUGUUUGACGUGGAGACAUCGGACAUGUUGUUGGAGAUCAAAACAAAUCGCCUGAGCACGGUGCAAUACUGUCACGCCUGUCCUACCAGUAACCUGCUUGCUAUUGCGUUCUCAAACUAUGCUGUGGAGCUGUGGGACCUGGAGUCCAAUAAGAAGAUGGCAGACUGCAGUGGUCACCUGAGUUGGGUCCAGCGUGUCCAGUUCUCUCCUGACGGCUCACAGCUGCUUUCCUGCUCUGACGACCAGACUGUCAGGUUAUGGGAGCCUAAGAAGGUGCACACCUCCUCAGCUGUCCACCUGAAAAGAGACUCUGACGUUCUCUUCAGUGAUGAAGAAAUCAUAGUGUCAGCUGCAGACAACUGCAACAGACUGCAGGUGCGUGAUGGCAGGUCAGGAUCAGUGGUGUUCCAGUCAGAGGAGAAGUCUUCCAGGAUCCGGUGUACGUGCAUGUUCAGGCAGCCCUCUGCUGUGGUCCUGGGCCAAGAAGAUGGCACUGUGCAGGUGUUGGAGGUGCCCUCUGGGAAGCUCCUAGCCACUCUGCUGGGACACACCAAGACGGUGCUGCACUGCCAGUUCAGCCAGAACGGCCAAACACUCAUCACGUCCUCUGAAGACACCACCAUAAGGGUGUGGAAGUGGCAGUCUGGGGAGUGUAAAGUACUGCAGGGUCACAAGGAACAAGUCAGAUGCUUCGCACUGCUCUCCAACUCACCUGCCGAAACGAGAUUGCUGUCCUGGUCCUUCGACGGCACUGUCAAGAUGUGGGACAUAGAAAGUGGAGAGAAGCUGCAGGAUAUCGAGGCACAUCGGGGAGCCAUUCUGUCCUGUCAUGUCUCGCCAGACGGAUGCCUCUUUGCCACCACCUCUGCUGACAAGACUGCUAAGCUGUGGCACUGUGAGUCCUGGCAGUGUGUCCACACAUUGAGCGGCCACCAAGACUGUGUCCGAAGCUGCAGAUUCUCCUGGGACAGCCGACGCCUUGCAACAGGAGACGACAAUGGAGAGAUCCGGAUCUGGAAUGUCAAGGACGGCUCUUUGCUGAAGAUUUGUUCCCGGGAGAGUAAAGACGGCAUGGACUCACUCCACGGAGGCUGGGUGUCCGACCUGCACUUCUCCCCAGACAACUCCCUUCUGGUCUCAACCGGCGGUUACAUCAAGUGGUGGGAUGUGGAGAAAGGCGAGGCCCUGCAGACCUUCUAUACCACGGGAACCGCGCUGAAGAGGAUCCACGUCUCGUCCGACUUCUCCACCUUCGUCACCAUCGACAACAUCGGCAUCCUCUACAUCCUGCAGAGGGUGGUGUGACAUUGCAAAACGCUGCUCCAAAAAGACCAAAAGAAAGAAACAAAACACCACGAUCUACGCUAACACUAGAUUUUUCUUGCAAAGACUACAGUAUUACAGACUGUAUACAGAAGUAGACAUGUUUUGUUGCAUUAAGGACUCUUGCAGAAGCCUAAACGGAAAGAUGCGGCAUCCCAUAACCAUACACUUCUCAGAUACGUUUACAUUUCCACUGCACUCUUUCUACAUAUAGGCUGACACUAGCCAACAGCAUCACAAUAGAGCAUUACAGACAUUCACUUUCCAUUCUGCGGGGUCAAAUGAAACUACUAACCAGUUUACACCAGCUUUAAAUAAGAACUACUACAGCUACGAUCAACUGUUGGGAGCGUAGACGUACAGUGAAAACUCAAAGAGUCUUAAUAUUCCUACUCCAGUCUCUGUUUUGAAACAGUGGAUGUUUUUGGUAGAUAAAAUAGAGCAGAAUCACCUUUUUAAAAACAAGGAAAACAGCAACAUGUUUACAUAAAGAAAAAAAAAAAACAGCGUUUGUGACGAUCAGGUCUUCUGAAGCAGAGCUUUUUGAAUCAUUAAUACCUAAUAAAGAGGUUAAUAUAAACAGGUGAAAAAGAUGUGAUCAUUGCAUCAGUUCAAAUGUGAAUAAUACAUGUUAAUCCAUAUUGCAUAAGGGCUGAAUAUUAUUGCAUGUGAUGUGAGGGAUCUUCCACUCCGCCGUAUGUAAUCCAUAUAAGCUAUCGUGCAUUUGCAAUUGCAUUUUGACUCGUGGCGUGCUGUGAUACUUUUCUCAUGUUUGUGUUUUAGGGUAAAUCUUCUGCGUCGUUGAUACGAACAGUUUUGAGUCUUUUACUCACACUGCAGCCUUAAUUCUGAAUGGGAAUACUGUAGGUUGUAGAGGGGUAUGUAUGUUUAGUCAACAUGGAUUUCUCAAUCCACCAGCAUAGAUAGAACUUCUGGUGCACUUUGAUGAGCAUUAAAUAUUAAUAGUUUAAGUUUUAAUGAUUGAGCAUUUAAAUUGAAUCCAAAACCUUUGAAAGCCUGUGGGUCUAUUUGUACAUCCAAACUAUUUGUACUUUUGAACUUAGAUCAAAGGUAAAUGUUUUCUACCAAAAAUUGCAGUAUGUGAUUUAUAAUUUAUAUUAAAAAAAUGUCCACUUGCUAAUGUUAAAAAGCACUUUUUUGUGCUUUAUUAAUUUCUCUUUUUUUACUUUGUACCAGUUGUUUUUCACUCUAUACCCCACUUUUUACACACAUUUUAAUCUGCACAUUGUCUGAGUACUGAGCCUUUUCCUGUUCUGAGCACUUUGAAGCAGGAGUUACAAUCCUUCAUGAAUUCAUGAAGCUUUCCCUAAUGUGGCUUUGUUCAGACACAUAAAAAUGGAUCCUUACUUUGAUUUCACAAUACAGAUUAGUAUGUGGUUGCCAGACAGGCAAGUGUCCCUCACAUGCUGUAACCUAUUCGUUGCAGUGGGGAUGAUACAGACUUUCCGUUCCAGUAGGAGCAAUAAGCACAUAAAUACAGUAAGUGAAUAAAAAUAAGGAUGCAUUUCAACAUUUCUGAUCAAUGCUGUUGUCAUUUUCACAUUGUGCUCUUUGUGAUUUGUACUUUAAAGCCAGCAUAAAUCCAAUCAAAAGAUUACCUUCAAGAGCUCUCUGGCUAACAAAAUUUCAGAACUAUUGAUGUCUGCUCAGGAUGUAUUGAUACUGUUUUAUGGUGUGGUGCAGUGUGAGUGUAAUUUAUAAAAGAUUAAACUACGCACGAUAUGAUAA